AUGGCGACAAAACGAAAAGUAGACAAAGAGUAUCGACAGUUUCAAGAGAGGUGGGAAGCUGAAUACCUGUUUUGUGAGUUAAAACAAAAGCCAGCGUGUCUCGUAUGUCAAGAGUCGCUGGCAGUGUUCAAAGAGCACAACAUCCGCAGAGCCUUCGAAAGGAAGCAUGGCGAGCAAUAUGCUAACAUGGACACGGAGCAGCGGCUGCAGAAAGCCAAAGGCUUGAAACGCAACCUUCAACAUCUGCAAAGCGUGUUCACUCGCAUCGGUAGUGAAAGUGAGGGCGCUACCGAGGCGAGUUGUAUUAUCGCAGAGGAACUCGCAAAGGCUAGCGAGCCGUUUAGCGAGGGAGAGUUUAUUAAAGACUGCCUUGAAAAAGUGUGCAACGUCGUGUGCCCUGACAAGAAGCAGGCAUUUUCAAACACCAGCCUGUCCCGGAAUACUGUGGCUAGUCGUGUUGAGGAACUGGCCUCCGCUGUGGAGAGCCAGCUACAAACCAAAGCCGAGCACUUUGUUCCAUCCUCACUAGCGGCAGAUGAGAGUAAAGACAGGACGCACACAGCCCAGCUGUCCAUACUCAUCCGAGGGGUGGACACUCAGUUGUCCGUCACUGAGGAACUUUUAGACGUGAAACUGGUCGGUUUGACUCGGAAGGCGACGGGGCACACAGGAGAAAACUUGGUAGCCUACCACCGCAUCCUCCCCCAGGAGGCCCUCUGCUGUAAGGUGUUGGGCAUGGAACAGGUCAUGACUGUUGUGACUAACACUGUGAACUUUAGUCGUGCACGGGGCUUGAAUCAUCGGCGGUUUAGGGCUCUUUUAGAGGAGGGAAACUCUGUGCGUGAGGAUGUGCCCUAUCACACGGAGGUGCGCUGGUUGAGUCGGGGAAAAGUGCUGAGGAGGUUUUACGACACCCGCGCUGAGAUCGCUCGUUUCAUGGAAAGCAAACAGAAGGCCGCCCCCAAGCUUGAGGAUGAAAAGUGGCUGAGCGACUUGGUGUUUAUGUGUGACAUCACGGAGCACCUCAGGUCACUGAAUCUCAAACUCCAGGGAAGAAAGCAGCUGAUCCCCGAGAUGCGGCACUCCGUGAAGGCAUUUGAACUGAAACUGCGUCUGAGGGAGGGCCAGAUGCGCAAAGGUAACUUGACCCACUUUCCUACCUGUCAAUCAAUGAGCGCCACAGUCACCAUUCCACUCCGGACCCAAGUGUAUGCUGACAAACUGAACACACUCAAAGCGGAAUUCAGCAGGAGGUUUGCUGAUUUUGAAUCACAGAAAUUCAACCUUGACCUGUUCGCAAAUCCUUCUGCAAUUGAUGUCGACGCUGCCCCUGAGCACCUGCAAUUGGAACUCAUUGAACUGCAAUGUAGCAGCGCUCUGAAGUCCCAGUACCAGUCAAUCGGGGCUGCUGAGUUUGCAGCUCUCCUCCCCAAAUCAAUGCCAGAGCUCCGUCUUCAUGCUGCACGCAUCAUGUCCAUGUUCGGAAGCACUUACUCGUGCGAACAGAUGUUCUCCAUAAUGAACCUGAACAAGACAUCCCACAGAUCCCGACUCACUGACCAGCAUUUGGUGUCGGUACUGAAACUGGCCACAGCCAAGGACAUUAAGCCUAGAAUAGACGAGAUCAUCUCUAAGAAAAGGUGCAGAGUGUCUGGUAAGAGUUGA